AUGAAUGAUGAGGAGCUACGCAUGUUUGUCGACGUUGACGGCACAAUAUCCUGGAUCAAAGAGCACGGAUAUUCUCGUGUUGCCUUGCAAUUCCCAGAUCAGUUUCUUUGCUUUUCCUCAGCGAUUGCAGUUAUCAUUGAAAAAGAAUGUGGUGGUCGUGUGAAAACGUUUAUUUUGGCUAACACUGCAUGUCGGAGCUGUUGUGUGGAUGUCCUGGGGGCGAGCCAAUGUGCUGCUGAUUGCAUCGUUCAUUACGGUGAUUCCUGCAUGACGGGAACAAGUAAUCGUCUCCCAGUGCGAUAUGUGUACGGCAGUAUGCCGGUGGAAUGCGAGAAACUCCGGAAAGCACUGGAACAGCACAAAGACAAAUUUGAGCAGAAAUGCUGCCUUCUGUACGAUGCAAUGUAUGCAAGUAGCGGAGAUGCGACAAAUUGUUUGGGGCGACGAGUGCCAAAGGAUGACGGUAACUGGACGGUUCUAUUUAUAGGUGAAGAAAGCAGUCCACUGUUACCCCUCUGGUUGAUGAGCAAUCUCAGUUGCACCACUCUUUUCACAUUCUCUCCGGUUACACAGCAGUGCUCUUUUGCGAGGACCCAUGCCAGUGUGCAUUUGCGAAAACGAUUACUUUUGAUCGAAAAAUUACGAGAUGCACGAACGGUUGGUAUUGUUGUGAAUACGCUGGAUGCGGUUGGAUAUGGAGAAGCUAUAGAGCGGACAAGGAAGCUCUGUGUCGUUGCCGGGAAAAAAAGCUACACAUUAGCUGUCGGCCAGGUACUAUCUUCAGAGACCCGAUUUAUUUAUCAUGCCGCAACGAAUGCCUUCGAGCUGUGA